AUGGAGCAUGAAGUGGGGAAGGACUUUUCCAUGGGCCUGGCAAGGGGCUUGCAGACGGUGACUGUGGCCACCGGGUGGGAGUCUGCCGACGGAAGCCGGGUCGACCUCGACCUCGCUGCUUACCUCCUUGCACCUGACCACACGGUUGUUGAGCGUGUAUACUUUGCCAAGCUGAGCUCUGAUGCUGGGAAUGGUGCUGUUGUGGCGUCUGGAGACAACGUGUCUGGCGAUGGCGAUGGUGAUGAUGAGUCCAUUUCCGUCGAUCUCCAUGCUCUCGCCCUCGAUGGCUCGACACACUCGGUUGUCUUUGUCCUCACCUCGUUCUCCGGACAUGCCUUUGCCGACAUCGAUGAGGCAUACGUUCGUCUGCUUGCUGGCGCCAUCAACGACGAUGAGGCAGCCGAUGACCCGGAAGAGCUGGCUCGCAUGACCCUUCGUGGCCACGCCCAUGCGCCAGACACCACCUGCAUGACCAUGUGCCACCUGGUGUACCACAAGUCGGACGACGUCGACCAUGCCGACGCUCCGGUAUGGUACCUCCACACCCUCGGCAUUCCGCUCUCGGCGUCGCAGAGUGAUCUGGCUGGUGCGGUGGCGACGACGCUCGCGGCGAUCGACCACGCCCACGUCAUUGCCGACGCCAAUGGAGGGCACGACGACAACGACGGCCGCGGCACCGAUGAGCUGCAGGCCGAUGUCGCAGCGCUCGAGUCCAAGACCAGUGCUGCUGCUGAGCGGCUCGCCAUGCUCCGCGAGUCGCAGGCGGCAGACAUUGCCGCCGCCGAGUCGGAGCUCGAGCAACUUUCGGCGCAAAAGUCUACGCUCGAGUCUGAGCUCGCGACGCUUGAGACUCAGCUCGAGGAGCUCAACAACGCCACUGCGACCGACGCUCUCACCGACGCCAUUGAUGCUGCUGAAGACGAAAUUGACGCGCUUCGGGAGAAGAUCGCUGCGGCGAUGGCCGCUCGUGACCAGGCUGCGGCUAGCGGAUCGGCCGCCGAGGCUGCGGCCAAUGCCCGCGCUGCGCAGCUCCGUGAGGAGCGUGCCGCGCUCGCCGCCGAGCUUGCGGCGCUCGAAGCCGAUGACGUCGCACUUGCCGCCGACUCGGUGGCGGCGGCCGAGGCGACUGCGGCGGCGGACGCGCUUGAAGCCGAGCUCGUGCAACUGCGCGCCAAAGUGGCGGAGGUCAAGACCGAGCGCGACGCCGCAGACUUGGCUGGAGAAGGUGCCACCAUGUCCGAGCUGGACAAGCAAGCUGCGGCGCUUGCAGCCGAGCGCGACGCGCUCGCCGCCGAGGCUGAGGCGUUGGCAGCAGAGACCGCCCAGCUCCGUAUCAAGCAGACCGAGCUGGAGGCGCAGCGCGGGGCUGUGGCGCGCGAGGCCGCGACCAACAACUCGCUGGCGGCUACGGUGGCUGCUGCGGCAGCAGACAACGCGGCGCUUCGUGAUGCUGUGUCGGUGCUGGAGGCACAGCUGCGCGAAGCCGGCGGGCGGGCGACGUCGUCGAGCGACGCUGUUGCCGACGAGCUGGACAUGCUCUCGAACGAAACGCUCGAGCUGCAUCGGAUGAAGCGUGCGCUGGAGGAGCAGCUGACCCGAAUCACGACCCGCUCGGCACAGCUCUCCGAGUCGCAGAGGCUCGUCGCCUCGCACAAGGAGGGAAACGCUGCGUUGCGGAAUCAAAUCGCGGCGCUCGAGGCCGAGCUGGCGCCCAAGGAGGCCCAGCUCGCGGCGCUCGAGCACACCAUCCACCUGCAGGCCCGGGUUGUGGCCGAGGAGCGCGAAGAGCUUCAGGCGGCGCUGCGGGCAAGUCACGCGACGGCCACCCACGUCCACACCCGGUACAUGGAUGCUGCGGCCGAGCAGGCGCGGGUGCUCCGCGACCGGCGGUCGCCAUCGCCGCUCCCAGCGGCGGCGGAAGUACACGCUACCAGCGCGCCGCGGCCGCCGGUCCUCGAUCACGUUGCGGCCGAGCUGGCGCUUGCGCAGCGGACAUCGGCGUACUCAACGCGGCUACAGGGCGCGUUGGAGGCGCUGCUGGAAGCCACGGUGGCCGUCAGCGACGAGCCGGAUGUGCUGCUUGACUCGCUCCCGACUCUCUUCCGUGGCAUGGACACCGUGCUUGCCACGGUGGCUGGAACCACCAAUGAGCUUCUCGCCCGCAAUCGGGCAGACGAGGCGACGCGGGCGACGCUCGAGGCGACACUCGCGCAAGCGGCGCAAAACUUUGCUGAUGCGCAGGCUACACUCGGCUACGCAGUCGACGCAUCGCACGCGCUACAGGCCACCAACGCAGGCCUUGGUGGCACGCUUCCACCGGCCCCUCUCCCACCGCCGGUGUCGACGUGGGACGCGCGGCUGCCCGAGCGCACGCACUGUUUGCGUCGCCGUUGGCGGCGCCAACAACCCCGGCGGCCAUUCACGCCCACAUGA